AUGCUGCCCAAAGAUGAUACUACGGUUGAGACGACUGCAGUCGGCCAGGAGGUUCUGGACCAUCAGCCUCAUAAUGCGGACCCAGACAAACGAAAGGUGCUGAGCCGCUCUCACUACUAUGGAAGUCUGAUCUUUAACAUCGGCGCUUUCAUCUUGCCAGCGCUGUACCAAACCCUAAGCAAGCUAUGGGUGGCCAACAUCGACGCUUCUCUAGUGGUGACGACUGACUCGUACACUUAUAUGGGCGUUGUAUCCGAAGUCAUCAACGAAGGCCUCCCCAGAGCAGCGUGGAACAUCAUCGGGGACAAGUCCAAUCGCACCCUCGCCGAACGACAUGGCUUAUCUUACACCUUGAUUCUCUUCCAAAGUGUCCUCGGGCUCAUCCUCUCUAUCACCUUCACCGCAGCUGCGGAGCAGUUCGCCACAGCAUUCGUACCGGCUGAAGUACGAGAUGCCUCGAUCACAUACGUACGAAUCUCCGCAUUCUCUGCACUUUCUUCAGCUAUCGAGACGGCCGUGGCAGCUGCGACGCGAGCGUUAGAUCAGCCAGACGUCCCACUGAUCAUCAGUUCAGCGAAGUUCGCCAUCAAUAUCGUGCUGGAUAUGAUCCUGAUAUCCAAGUUUCACGUGCACGGCAUCACUCCGACAGUCAACACCCAAGCUGCAACUCAACUGGCUUGUGGACUGGCUGCAUCCGCUGCGGGCUUAGUGUACUUCUUAUGGACGGUGAACAGGAAAACAAGGACGAUUGCCGGAAGUUCUGAAAUGGCGAGGCCAACGCUUCUCGGACUCAAAGUGCUUGCCCGACCUGGCGCUUUCACAUUCGCCGAGUCUGCCGUUCGCAAUGCGCUGUAUCUGUGGCUGGUCAGCGGCAUCGUGGCCAUGGGAUCGAACUAUGCAACAGCUUGGGGCCUGUUCUCCACGAUACGAUGGGGCUUGGUCAUGGUGCCAGUUCAGGCACUCGAGGCAACAUCUUUGGCUUUCGUUGGCCACGCCUGGGGCGCGUGGCGGCGAAGUAAAGGCGCAAGCAAUCGUCGUCCAACUGCUUCGGUGAAAGAGCUAGUAUCAGUCUGCCGUCCGGCUUUCGUCUCAUGUGCAAUAGCUCUGGCCGUGGAGGUUCCACUCUGCCUCUUCUUGUCAUUCUACGGUGCAAGGAGAUUCGCCUUCUACAUCUCAGGCUCCACGGUCGUGUCGCUUAUCACGGAGAAGAUGUGGAAGACCAUUGACUGGUGCUACAUCUUCUACGCUCUAUCAACACAGCUGGCGACUAUUCUCCUGUCGAGCCGUCCGCGCUGGUACUUGUACCAAUCUCUCAUAAGCAAUCUCCUUUGGGUACUGCCAUGGGCCAUUGUUGUGUCUUAUGUCGGCAUUACAACAGACGACGCCUGGACGUAUCACUCAAUCGUGUUCGGAGGAAGUCUGGUCUUUAGCUUCUUCGACGUUCUAAUUGUUGACGUGCUCUGGGCUUGGGCUUUGUGCAAGGGUAGGGUGAGGCUACCUCCUCUGUCUGAUGCGAGGCCGCAAUGA